UUUCCUAAUCAGGACCGUGGUCACCGAAAAAGAGAUUGCUUUUUAUCUCAUAUUUUUUUGUCAAUUAUUUUCUUGUUAGAUAGUGAUUGGUUUGUCUCAAAGUAUAUGGAGCCUACGUCAGGUUUCUGUGUUUACAAAUUUUGUUUGUGGUGUUCGCUGUCAACAUAGUAUUUAUGUCUGAAGCUAUAAGUUUUUGUGUUUUACAACUUUUUCCUUAUUAUUCAUGAUGCCACUGCAUGAGUUAUACAACAUGUCUAAAGAGAAAGUUGAUCAUAAAGAGAUGAACAAUUCUUGUGCACAUGAUCAAUCUUCUGUACCCAAAAAUGAUUUGUUUAAGCUGGUUUUGGAAAAUGGUCAGAUUUCAGUGCAGGGUCAAUCUAGUUCCAUUUCCAAUAGAGGUAAAAAGAGUUCAUCUUGUAAGAGUUUGCCAUCUCAUACUCUUAGGGGUCAUGGUAAAGAUAUAGGACAACAUGGUAAUGAAACAAAUACAAGGAUGAAAAAGUUUGAGGAUUUAGAUAAUGGUAAUUUGAAUGAAAUUCUUACAAGGAAUGUUUCUUCAAAUCAUGAUGAUGAUUUGAUGAUGCCUUGGUUGAAUUAUGCAAUGGAUGAAAACUCUUUACAACAUGACUAUAAUUAUAGUUUCUUACAUGAACUUUCUGGUGUCAACACAAAUGAUUUUCCUGCCUCAAAUAAAUUUUCUUUGCUUGAUAGAGGAAGUAAUUGUAUUCAAGUAUUUAGUGAUUCUCAUAAACAAGGGAUUCUUUGCAAGGGUUCUUCAGUUGCAGCUGCAACUGAAGAAUUUGAGACAUUUGGACUAAAAAAUAGCAACACUCAGUUAUACACGGCGUCACGGUUGCAUCAAUGUCAACUUUCACUUGAAAAUGAUUCAAAAAGGAAUGCAAACCAGCAUGCACCUUGUGAAGAAAUCUCUCGUAUUCCAUCUUCAUCAACCAUAAUGAAUUUCACCCAUUUUGCAAAACCUGUUGCUACUGUGAAGGCUAAUCUUCACAACAUUGGAUUGUCUUCAUCGAGAUCAGAAAAUUUAGGAAUAAAGAACAAAGAUGAAGCUGCAAUAGAUAUCAGUCCUUUUGAAUCAACAAAAGUUCAUUUAAGUGGAGAUUGUCCAAGAAAUUCUGCCAUACACUAUCAGCAUAGUGUGGAGCCAUCCAGGGUUGAUUUGAAAUCUUUGGAGCCGAGAUCUCUUGAACAAAAUGCCGGUGUUUCUACACCUGCUUGCAAAGAAGAUGUGUUCAAGGUUGAGCAAACUUCUAAUCAAGUUCUUGGUGAGAGUGGCAGAAAAGGUCAAGAAGCUGUUGAAAAAUGUAUGGAGCAAACAGUAGUAACUUCCUCUGUUUGCUCUGACAAUGGCGCAUAUAGAGGUUCAGAUGACACAAAUAAAAAUUUGAAGCGAAAAAAUCUAGACUCCGAGGAUUCUGAGUGGAAUAGUGAAGAUGUUGAGGAUGAAUCAAUUGGUGUUAAAAGGACAGCUCAUGGACGAGGAGGUAUCGGCUCAAAGAGAAACCGUUCAGCUGAAGUGCACAAUCUAUCUGAAAGGAGACGAAGAGACAGGAUCAAUGAGAGGAUGCGUGCAUUGCAAGAGCUCAUACCGAAUUGCAAUAAGCAAAUCAUAUUGGAAUUUGUGAAUACUAAAGCUCAACUUUUGUUUGGCGGGUUUCAACUUUCAAUCCUCAACUUGAAUAUGAAAAUCUUCCACUUUCAUAACAAAAAUAGCAGAGAUAAAGCUUCAAUGCUGGAUGAGGCAAUUGAGUAUCUUAAAACGCUUCAACUCCAACUGCAAAUUAUGUCAAUGGGAGGUGGUGGCUUAUACAUGCCUAUGAUGUUACCUGCAGGAAUGCAACACAUGCAUGCAGCACACAUGUCUCCCUUUUCCCCGAUGAAUAUUGGCAUGCAGAUGGGGUUGGGGGUGCCUCAAUUUCAAGGAACUCACCUUCCUGUUGCGCAUACAUCUGGACUUGCUGCUUUACAUGGGAUGUCUAGACCAAAUCAUCAAAUGUUUGGGAAUAACCUCGGAACUCAUCUACCAAUGCCAUGUGCUCCAAUGUUUUCUUAUCCUGGAGAGUCUGUUAUGAACUCAUCAGCUGUAGGAUUAAAUCCCAGUGGAACAGCAGGACUAAUGGAAACUGUGGAGUUGGUUUCAACACCUAAGUUAAUGGAUCCAAUGCCAAAUGUGAGCUCACAAGUUAUGCAAAACAACAAUGGAUGUAACUCAACAAAUCAAGUUUCUAUCCAGGGUAAGGGUGAAACAAGAACUGGUGGACUCGAACAAUCAAAUUUGAUAAUUGAUAGUGGUCAUGCCUUGUCGAUAAAUGACAAAGGAGCUGUUAAUCCUCGUAAAGAAGACAACCUUGUGAUUGAUAAAUCUCACGAGUAAGAGAGUAUCACUAGAUGCAUGCAUGUGCGUGGGCAAAUACAUGUUGAUUUUGAUUUGAAGUUAAGGAGUGUCUUGCAGGUUAUGACUGAUUGUGACUAAAUAAAAAGAAUAUAGGAGUAGGUACCAAGUCCAAAUUCUCUUGAUCUCAUUUCUGGAAGUUCGUUCUAGGGUACAAGAGGAUACUUAAAAGUCAUUGAAUUGAGGUUGGAAUUCCAAUUUCUUACUCGCCAAUUUAGAAACGACACUUAUCUGUACAUUCACUUGGUGACUAUUUAAUCAAAUCAAUAUCAUAUUAUCAUA